AUGGUGAAAAAACAAUAUCAUAACGAGUUUCGUCUUCUUCAUCUUCUUCUCUCCUCUUCCUAUCUGCUGAGAUGCCCUAACCAAUUACCCAACCCAGCAACCUUAGCUCCACACAACGCUAAACGCGAACCCAUCCCUCCCAUCACCAUCGAGCUCCUCCUUCCUCUCUCCGUCAUCGAUCUCACUACCUCACCUCCGUCCAUCUCCCGACGCUGUCGCCGAAACGAGCUUCGAAGCCACCGUCGUUAUCGUGCAGCUCUGUUCCACCAUCGUGCAGCUACUGUUUCAGCUUUGAAAGCAUCGUCGCGCAGCUCGGUUCCAUCGUCGCCGGGGUCGCCUCCUUUUUCCGUCGAGCAGCUCUGUUCCAUCGUCGCCGGCGCUAUCUCUGUUCCUUUUUCCUUCACGUGGAACACACUCAUAAGAGCCUAUGCUAGAACCGCAGAUCAAAAACACAAGUCCAUGGAACUUUACAGAGCAAUGUUAAUGAUGGAACGAGAACAACAAAGUGCAGCGGUUAUUCCUGAUAAUUACACAUACCGUUUUGUAUUAAAGGCAUGUGCUUACUUAUUCUCUCUUUCUGAAGGGAAACAGGUGAAUGCUCAUGUAUUGAAACUUGGGUUUGAAUCGGAUACUCAUAUUUGUAACAGUUUGAUUCAUUUUUAUGCAACUUGUGGGUUUCUAGACUUGGCACACAAGGUGUUCGAGAAAAUGUCCGAGAGAAGUGAGGUUUCAUGGAACAUCAUGAUUGACUCUUAUGCAAGUGCUGGAUAUUAUAUGACAAGCGAUAUAAUCUCUUCCAUUAUCCAGUCUCAGACGAAGAUGCUCCUAACUAUCACUCAAUUAUCCAGAACCCUAUGGACAUGCUUGUUUGUCUUCAAUAGUUCAAGUGCAAAGAACAACUUUGGGUUUAUCAGGUGACCUGGUGAAUGAACUGCCUGGAUUAAGCUGGGGCUACUGAGCAGCCCUGAUGCGAGCAAUAUUUCUGCUAUGUAUUUACGGUCAGAAUCUUUUCUCUCUCUGCAAUUGGUGAAUUUCUCGCUAUUAUCGUCAUUUUGCCAAAGAACUUUAUCCAAAUUCUGAGUUUGAAGGUCAUCAUCACUGGUUCCAUUGCUGAAGUUGGCCUUUGUGUUAUUGAAUGAAAGAGGAAGGUCCAAUGCAUGCCCUAUGUUAUCAGGAGUGGCUAAAGCUUCAUCUGUAGAAAUAUAAAUAUGAAAGAGUUAAAAUGUGGGUCUUCACUGUAAAAUUGCAGAUCAAGAACAGAAACUGGACUUUGUUGUUCUGAAGUAACUGUUAUCAUGGCCAUAGCACUUUCCUUGCUUAGCUCCUUUGUAGCAGUCUGAUCAAUGAAAGAAUAUUAAACCUAGUACUUUAUGCUUAUGGGCAACCAUUGUAUAAUGGGAGGAAGAAAUACUUACAUUUUGAUUCAUGUGAGUCACCUGUUGAAUGGAAAUGUUGUUGUUGCUUUCAGAAUGAUCAGCUUGGGUGCCCUCUAUGUCACGGUGAGAAUCCAUGCUUCUGUUGCUGUCAACAUUGGAGGAAAUAACAUCAACUUGAUGCUUAAAGUUCCUCUUUUGACACCGGAUCUUGCUGAAGCCUUCAUUUCUUUGCUGCAAGGUACAAACUUUUUGCUUUAGGGGUGGAACUUAGGGACAAUGACUCUGAUGAUUGCUUGUGUUGUCUUCUUUUACUUUUGGACUCUGAUGAUUGGUUUGUAGGUGAAUGCUUCUCAAAACCAAACUUAUUUUGUACUCUUGGGCUUCUAGUCUCUGCUGUAUGGCUGGAGUUAUUGGUGUCCUCUCCAUUGAUGACCUGAGGGACUUUUGAGGCUUGCAUUAAUUUUGAAGUUUUCUUCGUGUUACUCUUAUCUGCAGAAUGGAAGCGUUGACUAAAAGGAUUUGUUGAACUGGUUCCUUUUGCUGUUUGACUUUCAAUAUUGUCAAGCAAUCUUCCAUCUUUAGGAUCAUUGGUAGAAAACUUGAUGUGGCCUGAUUUGCCAUUAGUCAUUUCUUUGGUACAAGAAACCAAAAAAAAUUAUACAAGAUCAUUUUAGAAUAAAUUUAUAAUACAAGAAACCAAAAAAAAUAGUACGUACUUGUUUAGAAUUUUAGUUGGUUCUUGAUAGAUCUUCAUGUUAGGAAUAGAACUUGCCUCAACA